UCAGGGAGGGAGAGCCUGGCAGUUUGAUAGGCAGCCUGUGCGUCCCUGUUACAAUGGUUACAAGAUCCGCACAGAGAGAAGCGGCUUCACAACAAAGAGGGAACUCCAGCUGGACAUGGGAACAACACGGGACAAGCUCGGCUAGAAGCUGCUGACGUCCGUCACUGCACGCCCGCUGACGGUUUUAUCCUGUCUAUCUGGGCAGAGUGCUGGAAGUUGGUGCUCUUUGCCCUUGGCAUGUGGUCCUGUGGCCGGGUACACAGGCCCCUGGCAGUGUCUGCACCGGGAGAUGCUCAGGCUGCUGCUGCUGCCGCCUUUCUGGAUGUUUUCUUCUCCUGAUCUUACUCUCCGGGACUUCUAGAAGGAGUAAUCCGACACCGGGCUCCGUCCACAAGGAGGGAAACAAGGGGGAAAAGUUUGGAGACUGAUGCGCAUAGACCAGAGAUAAUAUGCAAGUGUCACUCGCUGAAGCUUUGGAGGUGCGUGGAGGGCCAUUGGAAGAGGAGGAAUUAUGGGCCGUAUUGAACCAAAGUACUGAAAGCUUGCAACAGCUGAUCAGAAAAGCGGACCCUGCAAGUCUCAGCUUCAUCAUCUCUCCCUGGUCUCUGCUCCUGCUGCCCUCCGGAAGCAUAACCUUCACAGAUGAAAAUGUUUCUAAUCAGGACCUGCGCGCCUUCACAGCGCCCGAGGUGCUGCAGACCAAGUCACUGUCAUCGCUGGCAGACAUUGAAAAGAUUCACAUUUAUUCUCUUGGGAUGACCUUGUACUGGGGAGCAGACUAUAAUGUACCUCAGAGUCAGCCUAUCAAACUUGGGGAACGUCUGAACAGUAUUUUGCUGGAUAUGUGUGAUGACAAUUGUAUCACAAGACUGACUACACGCACUGUUUUAGAUGGUUGCAGUGCCUACAUUCGCAACAGCAACUGUGCACCUUCCUUUUAUUACAUCAAGCAGCUGGUAAAGCUAGUACUUGGCAGCUUAACCUGGUUGGAUCAGACAGGAAAUAAGAUAAAUGAACCUGAUCGCAGCCAGGCCAUUCGUGACAGGCUACGAGGGAAAGGUCUGCCCUCAGGAAGUUCCAUAGAGCAUGAUGUCAGUGCUAAUACAGUUUCACAGCAAAACUUUCUUAACCGAGGCCUCAGCAAGUCCAUGGGUUUUCUUGCAUUUAAAGAUCAACAAGAUGGAGAUGACCGUUUUCCAUCAUUAGAACUUGGCUCCACAUAUGAGGAUACAUCAAAAUCGCAUUAUCCUUAUGACCAUUUUCAAUGUAACAAUUUAGAAAGAAAACUCAGUGAACGCAGUCAAAGGAAAAAGAAUUGGGCCUCCUCCUUUGAUGUGUCAUCUUUAUCCAGCCAUGGUACAGAGAGAACAUCAUCUGCUGCAAACCCCUACAAGCGGAAUGUGUCUGAAACUUUGAAUGGCCGAUUUACAACUAUAAUGAAAAUGAAGGAUCGCAGGCAGUCGAGUGAGGCUGCUGAGGUUUUCAGCAAACAAAAAAGUGACCAAGCAAAACAUGGACCAGAUGUGCCAACCUCUGUUGCCAUUUCAAGUGCCUUGGAAAGGAUUAGGGAAAAGAAGAAACAUUUACAAAUCCUGAGAGAUGCCAUGAACAUAGAAGAACCGGGAAGAUUGCUUCAUUUAUCCCACAGUGAUGACUAUAGCACAUCCAGUGAAAGUCCUUCAGUUGUGUCAUCGGACCCAGAUUUUAGACAAGGGAGAAAACCAGAAGGACUGAAAGGAUAUGACUCUACAGGGGUUCCGGCUGGAAGUGAAGAAUGUAAUCGUGCACAGCAUGCCUUAAGCCCUAAGUAUGAAACCCUUCCAGAAAGAGGUGAUAUUAAUCAGGAAAUGCUCAAGCGCCAAGAGGAAGAUAUGAUUCAAAUGAAGGCCAAAAUGGCUUUUAAACAAUCAAGACUUAACUUGUAUGCAGGGGAUAUGACUCGAGCAUCGAUGUUGGACAUCACUAGGGAUCCUUUACGGGAGAUCGCCAUGGAAACAACUUUGACUCAAAGAAAAUUAAGGAAGUUUUUUGGGCCAGAGUUUGAAAAGAUGACUCUUGAACCUUGCGUUUCACUGGAUCUGCCACGAUCGAUUUUGACCAAGAAGGGAAAGAAUGAUGAAACUCGUCGUAAAGUAAACAUCCUCCUCCUCAGUGGACAAAGGCUCGAGCUAACAUGUGACAUAAAGUCUACCUGUAAAGAUGUGUUUGAUAUGGUGGUUGCUCAUAUUGGGUUGGUUGAGCACCAUUUAUUUGCCUUUGCAAUGCUAAAAGACUCUGAAUUUUUCUUCAUUGAUCUUGACCAAAAAUUGUCCAAAGUGGCUCCAGAAGGUUGGAAAGAAGACACCAAGAAAAAAGGCAAAGCAGGGGUCAACUUCACCAUGUAUUUCCGUGUGAAGUUUUUUGUGGAUGAUGUCAGUCUUAUACAACAUAGCUUCACUCGUCACCAGUACUAUUUGCAACAAAGAAAGGACAUUUUAGAGGAGCGUCUACAUUGUGAUGAUGAGACUGCUUUGCUUCUGGCAUCCUUGGCUCUUCAAGCGGAAUAUGGAGACUACCAUCCAGAUGUUCAUGGCUUAACCUAUUUUCGGAUGGAACAUUACCUUCCUGCUCGAGUGAUUGAGAGACUUGAUCUUUCUUACCUGAAGGAAGAGCUGCCCAGGCUGCACAGUACUUAUGCCGGAGCCUCAGCAAAGGAAACAGAAAUUGAAUUCCUAAAAGUAUGCCAGAGACUCCAGGAGUAUGGGGUUCAUUUUCAUAGAGUGUUUCCUGAGAAAAAAUCCCAGACUGGCAUCCUUCUUGGGGUGUGUCCUAAGGGUGUGCUCAUCUUUGAGGUCCACAAUGGCACUAGGACUUCAGUCCUGCGAUUCCCAUGGAGAGAAACAAAGAAGAUUUCUUUUACUAAGAAAAAAAUAGGUUUGCAAAACACAUCAGAUGGAAUCAAACAUGUUUUCCAAACGGACAGCAGUAAGACCUGCCAAUACCUCCUACAUCUCUGCUCUUCUCAGCACAAGUUCCAGCUACAGAUGAGAGCCAGACAAAACAGUCAGGAUACGCAAGAUAUUGAAAGAACUUCCCUGUGGAGCUUGAACAUGCAGGCAGAAUCUCUUCGUGGGCUUGGUGUAGCCCGGGCAAUCAGUACAACUAGCCUGGCAAGCAGUACUUUGAAUAGGAUGGCCAUACGCCCUGUGUCAAUCCAGCCUGACCUUCUGAAGAGACUCUCAUGCUCUGAUUUGUCAGCUCUUCAAACAAAUAUUGGAAAUGGAUCAAAAGACAGACAGACUAAGAACCUUUGGGAAGAUCGUCCUCGGGUUAUAAGCAAAUCUUAUCAUGACCUCAGUCAGGUCUCUCAGUCUCCACAGAGGAGGAUGCUUAAUACAAGGAUGGACAGUCCCCCUAAUACAUUGGAAGAAUUGAUGAGUCGGGCAUCUUUUCAUUAUAUGGCAAAGUCUGAUACAGAGUCAGUAACUGGAUAUGGAAAGCUUAAUGAGUCAAAAUCACUGUCUGGAUUUAAUAGGAGCCUCGAUUUGCGGAAACCUGAAUCGGACUCCUCAUCAAUGGAUGACAGUGGGCAUGCCUAUGUAGUAGGUGUGAGCAUGCAUAGUCUUGGUGGUCCUUCUUCGCCAAACCUGUAUAAAGGAAAUGAAGUGAAGCAUAACCAAAUGUCUGGAUCUGUUCCUGAAAGAGAGAUUACUUUGGUGAAGUUAAAAAAAGAUCCCAAAUAUGAUCUUGGGUUCCAGAUUAUGGGUGGAGAGACAACAGGAAAGCUAGACCUUGGAAUUUUUAUAAGCUCAAUAACACCUGGGGGACCAGCUGACCUGGACGGACAUUUAAAACCAGGUGAUCGCCUUAUAUCAGUGAACAGUGUGAGUCUGGAGGGGGUGAGCAAGCAAGCGGCACUAGAAAUCCUUCACAUCUCCUCUGAGGAUGUCACACUUCUGGUAUCUCAACCCAAAGAAAAAUUGCCCAGGGAUAUUGAAGCACAAUCUUCAUCUGAUGAACACAAAAGGUUCCCUGGUAACACAAAACUUAUAUCAGGAAGCUCAUCUGGCAUUUCUGCAGGAAAACGCGAGGGAAGCUUGAGUUCCCAGGACUCACGGACAGAGAGUGCAAGCCUUUCUAAUAGUCACAUCAGUGGUCUCAUAAGGAACCUGUCCAAGGAGCAGACAACGCCUCUGUCAGCCUCUGCCAAGAACUCUCCUUCAGUCAGCACUAAAGCUAGUGACAAGAAAAAAACUAGAAAAGAAAACAAGAAAAGCCCUGGUCUCACUGAUUCUACAGACUAUUCAGAUAGAGGCGACUCCGACAUGGAUGAGGCGACCUAUUCUAAUAGCCAGGAGCAGCAUUCAAUAAAGAAGGAACCUUCUUUGGAAAGUUCAUCACCAACCAUCAGCAAUCUUUCACCAACACCUCUUAAACCAGGAGAUGUCUUCACAGUUGUGUUGGCUAAGAAAGAUGACAGCUUGGGGAUAAGUGUCACGGUACUGUUUGACAAGGGGGGAGUUAAUACUAGUGUAAAACACGGUGGCAUCUAUGUGAAAGCCGUCAUACCAAAAGGAGCUGCAGAAACUGACGGCAGAAUACAAAAAGGUGACCGUGUUCUGUCUGUAAAUGGGACCAGUCUGGAGGGCGCCACUCAUAAGCAAGCAGUGGAGAUAUUGAGAAAUACUGGUCAGGUGGUAACACUGCUUCUCGAAAAAGGGCAGCUGCCAGCUGUUAAAGUCCAUGCGCCGGUCACUCCUCAGUGCACACCACCUAACCAAGCAGAUGCCAGCAGGCUCCAGAACAAAAAGAUUACUGCACCUUCAGAAUACAGCUUUGUUACUGAUGAAAACGUGUAUGACGUUAAACUGGUGAAGAAUAGCUCUGGCCUGGGCUUCAGCUUUUCUCGAGAAGAAAACCUCAUUCCUGGUCAGCUGGGCUCCAGCAUAGUUCGGGUGAAGAAACUGUUUCCAGGCCAGCCAGCUUCAGAAAGUGGCAAAAUAAAUGUCGGAGACGUGAUCCUUAAAGUGAAUGGGGCUUCACUGAAAGGACUUAGUCAGCAGGAAGUAAUUUCUGCAUUGAGAGGAACCUCUCCAGAAGUCACCUUGCUGAUGUGCAGGCCGCCCUCUGGUGUAUUGCCAGAGAUCAGCCCUGUAAUCCUGGCUUUGCAGACACCGUUGAACUCCCCACAGCAAUCUGUAGAAGAAGGCAGCAAGUACGGGGUGAAUCAUUCCAUUCCCCAGGAUCCUGAAGAUAUGUCAGACCAUGAGGACAAUGAGGAGCUCAAUGACACAAGUGCCAGGAGGCUAAAAAACCCUUCUAGGAGGGAUAGUUAUAGUGAUAGUAGUGGGACCGAUGAAGAAGACUUUCUACCUAUACAAGAUGAAACGCCGGCAUGGAAUGCCACAGUCUACCAGACACCAAAUGCUUCUUUGGUCCCACCUUACACCCACUGUGAUUCCCCUGAUAUCCAAGAAGAAACAGUCCGUUCCAGCUUUUACACUCCAGAACAAACACCUUAUAAACCGCAGUUUGACGACAGCAAUCCUCCAUCUCCAGUUUCUCUAGACGUGACUCCAACCCACAGUAGCAAUAUUCCACCUGCCUUACUUUCUGAAGAUUACUUAUCUGAUUCUAAAACCUUAGAUGACCGAUCAACCUUCAGUAACCUAGGACUUAAGGACUUGGAAGUCUACGAACCAGAAGUAGAGCUUCAUGUCACACUGACUAAAUCAGAGAAGGGAAGCCUUGGCUUUACAGUGACCAAAGCCAAUGACUGCAUUGGAUGCUAUAUUCAUGAUAUCAUUCAAGAUCCUGCCAAGAGUGAUGGACGUUUACAGCCUGGUGAUCGGCUAAUAAAGGUUAAUGAUGUAGACGUCUCAAAUAUGAGCCAUACUGAAGCAGUAAAUCUACUAAGGGCAGCUCCCAAAACUGUCCGACUUGUGCUUGGCCGUGUACUGGAGAUCCCUAAGCCACAGGUGCCUUCUCAUCUCCUCCCUGAUAUUACACUUACAUGCAACAAAGGCAUUCUGGGCCUGUCUCUCUCUGGGGGUCUAAAUAGCCCUUCUCAGGUGAUAUAUGUAGAAGAUAUCAAGCCAGGCUCUGUAGCUGAUCAAGAGGGAACCUUGAGACCGCUAGACAUUAUACAUUACAUCAAUGGGGAAACCACUUCAAACAUGACACUAGAGGAAGUCAAACACACUCUGGAAUCUGUACUUCCAAUGGUAGUUUUGAAAGCUACUAGAGAGGGAAAUCCAGUGGUUCCAAACAAUAAAAACCUUGUCAACUCAGGCUCCAAACCCAACCAGAUUAAUGGUUAUUCAGGGGGAGAACGUCUAAAACAACUAAAAGACAAUUCAGAUGUGUAUGCUAUGGAGGCCGGAUUAGUCCAUGUUGUUUUGGAAAAGCCUCUGUCUGGAGAAUUGGGAUUCUCCCUGGUGGGAGGCGAAUAUGGGAUAUUUGUCAAGUCCAUCAGUCCUGGGGGUGUAGCUGACAUAGAGGGGAGCUUACAGGUUGGAGACAGGUUACUUAAGGUAAAUGGUGAUUGUAUGCGAGGUGCUACACAUGGAAAAGCAGUCUCUUGUAUUCGAAAUGCAAAAGGACUUGUACAGAUUGAAGUUGCCCGUGAACUUAUGCCAAAAGAUACUUCAUUUGCUUUAGACAAGUGUAAUGAAAACUUGGAUCCAGAGCAUGGAAACAUUAACUAUGAGGAUGAUGAGGAAGAUCAGAAUGAUGUUAUACAGUCCCUGCUGGAUGUGGUCCAUGAACAAACACAGAACCUUCUACAGCUCAAUCGCCAGAAUGCACUUUCACAAGAACACUAUUCAGUAGAUCAAACUGAAGAAGAUGAAAAAGCAGAAGACACAGAUUGUGAUGGCUCCUCAUUGCCAGAUGACUCUCCUGAGCCAGCCAAAGUAAAUGGUAUGGGCUCUUACAACAACAAUGGAAUUGAAAGGUCUCCACAAUCAAACACAAUGAAGAAAGCUAACAUUGUACCAAAGAGUAAUGACAUGCAACAUGAAUCCAACUUACUUGAUUGCUUCAGGGUAACAAGUGAAAAUCUGUCCUCGCUUUCUCUAGUCCAAGUAACGCCAUUUGGUCGGUACACAGGAAAUAAGUUAAAAGCAUUUAUACGUCAAAUACGCAGUAUGCUGGAACAAGGUGUGCCAGCCAAGGAGUUUGAGGAUCUACAAGAUUUGAAACCACUAGAUGAAUGCCUUAUAGGACAAACAAAAGACAACAAGAAGAAAAACAGAUACAAGAACAUCCUCCCAUAUGAUUCUACUCGAGUUCCACUUGGUACAGAGGACGGCUAUAUCAAUGCAAGUUUUAUUAAGAUGCCAGUUGGCAAUGAAGAAUUCACAUAUAUUGCCUGCCAGGGACCUCUGCCAAGUACAGUUCCAGAUUUUUGGCAGAUGGUGUGGGAGCAAAAUGCCACCAUAAUAGCCAUGAUGACCCAGGAAAUGGAAGGUGGGAAGAUAAAGUGUCAGCGGUACUGGCCUGAGGAGCUUCACAGACCUGUGCGGGUAACCGGGGAACUUCAACUCAGUCUAGUGAAGACACAGCAGCUGGAAAGUUUUGUACUCAGAGUUGUAGAAUUACAAGAUAUUCAUACUGGUGAAGCACGACACAUUGGACAUUUGAACUUCACUGCUUGGCCAGAUCAUGAUACCCCCAGUGAUCCUAACCAGCUCCUCACAUUUAUCUCCUACAUGAGAUACAUAUACAAAUGCGGGCCCAUCAUCACACACUGCAGUGCAGGCAUUGGCCGCUCCGGCACUCUCAUAUGUAUCGAUGUCAUGCUGGGUUUAAUCUGCAGGGAUUUAGAGUUCAGUAUUUCAGAUUUGGUACGAACAAUGAGGCUUCAGAGACAUGGGAUGAUACAGACAGAGGAACAAUACAUGUUCUGUUACCAAGUGAUCCUGUAUGUUCUGAAAAGACUACAAGCAGAAGAGAACCUGUAAUGGAUCACGCGCUCAAUCUCCCCUUAUAAAUAUGGUCCUAAUAAAGGGCCAGUAAAUAUUCAACAAGAGCUGCAUUUUAGUAGCUUACUUAUUCCGCGCUCACCGGGUAUCAGCACCAGUGGAUGCCAAGAGCAGUUGUUUAUACUGCUGUUUUAUUUUGUUUGUGUUGAAAAGGGUUAAUAAAAGACAGUAUUUUAUAACAUAGAGACCUGUUACAAUAGUACACAUGGUUCUUAACAUGGUACGCUUGUAUAUUUGCAAGUCAUUUUUUUUCAAAGUAUUUUCACAAUCGAAAAGAUAGUUUUGUAGCUGACACAUAAAGGCAGUAUUUAAAAGACAGAUAUAAUUGUUUCUAUAGACCCCAGAGUAGUAAGUUAAUUGUAAUUAUUGCAUACAUUUCAUAAUGUUUACUGAUAUAGAGUUUUAUGUACUAUUUAUAUACUUUUACAAAAUGAAAUUAAGCUACCCUGUGCCUGGCUGUGAGAACUGGCACACUCUUGCUCUACCUUGUAAAUAAACCGUGCACAUUAAAAUGUAUAUAUA